AUGGCCGUUAAGCGGCUAUGCAGCGUCCUGCUCGUCGUAAGAUUGGCCGUGGACCCCCCACAUGCGAUUGCAAUUCCUGUGUUGCGAGACCACCAGGUGACAGUGGCGGCUAACCCUGCACGGGCUGGUGCCGCAGACGUUAACGUUGCGGUGAUCAGCCCAUAUAGUGGUGGCCUAGGGGAGCUGAUGACCAUGGUUGAGCCUGCGCUUGCAGCGGCGGCGCAGGAUGUGGAGAACAGCAACUUUCUACCCGGAUUUCGGAUGAACCUUUUCCUGGGUGACUCCAAGUGCUCAGUGCCAGGUGCCACGCAGGCAACCAUAGAGGCCCUCGCAAGAAGCCCCACGAAGCACGCCCUUCUGGCCGACUCCUGCAGCGCAGCAUGCGAGGCCAUGAAUGAUGCCACUCAGUUCUUCAAUGUCCUGCAGGCAGCAAACCCAAACAAGCCAGAUUUCAAAGCAUGGGUCUCUCCCGGAUGUAUCUCGGAAAGCCUGAGUGACUCCACGCGCUAUCCAUAUUUUACGCGAAUGGCUCCGUCAUACCGCUUCAAUGUCCAGACGCUCUACGAGUUCACAAAGCUCAUGGGCUUCCAGCGAAUCGGGAUUGUUGUCGGAUAUCGGAGCAUCAACACACUCGGUGUGGAUUACCUUAAGGGACUCAUACGAGACGACGUGUCAGCAGGUCGUUACAACUGGACAGUGCUGUUCACGGUGCAGAUCACAAGCUCAGGCAACAUUGCGGAUGCCCAGAGUGCCGCUGAAGAGAUAGAGCGCAAGGACUCUCGAAUAAACAUCGUGGCGUUGUACCAGACCGAGGGGGCGAUGUUUUUGUGCCAGACCCACGGGCGAAAUCUUCUUUCCCCAGCCUAUAGCUUCAUGAUUGUUUCCGGAUGGUGGAACCCUGGCUUCAUCUUGGAGAGGUCGGGCGCAAGUGACUGCCCCUGCACGAUUACCGAGCUGCACCGUGCUGCGUAUGGGGUCAUUGCAGCUGACCGCGGGCCCAUGUUGAACACGCAAGAUGUACAUGGUCUGUCCGGUCGCAGCCUUGCGGACAUUUACGGCAAUUACACAGAGGAGUGCUUGAGCUUUGGUAAUGGGACAGGAGUUUGCAAUCAUCAGUGGGCUGGGUAUUUUUACGACGGCGUCUGGCUGAUUGCAAGCAUCCUUCACACCUACUUGGUGGAUGGGAACAGGUCGGUCGCUGACCUGGCUACACCUGCUGCCCGGCAGGCUCUGGAAGCCCUUUCGCUUCAGGUGGAUUUUGCAGGCACCACUGGGCAGGUGCGGCAGUUCAGCAGCCCAGAUUUUGAGGGAGAUCGAGAUGGGGUCAUCCUGCUUCGGCAAGCAGGAGGGCCUCCUGAAAACACCUUCAACCACUUGGCCUACCGCACACAGACAGGCAUCCUCUUCCAAACGGAUGUGGUGUGGAGUCCCGACCCAGCCCACCGCAUCAGCUGUAGCAGUGGCACCUGUGACCUCGUCAAUGGCUUUCAGCCGGCAGAUCGCAGUAGCAGCUGUCCAGAUGGCAGGGUUUGGAUCAAUGAGCAGGGUUUGCUUCCAGCGGCAUGGCCCAGUGUGAGCCUUGCAGCAUUGGCUCCUUUGCCAACGCUACGGGAUCUGGAAGCUGCCAGUUACUGGGCUGUGCUCGCCUGGACGCUACUCAUCGGUCCCCAGGGCCUCCUCCUGUACGGAUUGUCCAACAGGCGGAUGGUGGAGUGCCAGGUUUGUCUCUUCGGUCAAUUCAGUGAGUCUCCUGGCGAGUCGAUUUGCACGAAGUGCCCUCGUGGAUCCUAUGCGGAGUUGCGAGCAGGUCAGGCGACCUGUACACCUUGCCCGCCAGGGCUGAACACGAACUUUGAGGGCGCCAUCGAGCUCAGCAUGUGCCAGUGCGAUGGCUUUUACUGGGAGCAACAAUGCGUCAAAUGUCAGUUUGGGCAGCGCUUCGAAGCUGGAGUCUGCGUGACCUGCAAUCGCAGCGUGAUCUGCGAGGAAGGUGUGAUUGUUGGCAAUGCUCCCUCAGCCGAAGCAUGGAGCAAGACCAUCAAUGCAGCGGGACUGCAGCGAACGCUCUCCCAAAGGAUGACCAUUGAGUUUUUGCUCGUGGUUUUGGGCAUCAAUCCGGAGGAGAACAGGCAGAAGAUGCUGACUACCAUCCACAACUACGGAGCCACAGUGCAGGAUCUGAUGGCUGGAAACAGCAGUAGGCAGAUAAUCGCAGCUCCGACGACGGACUUGCUGAGCUACCUGCGGGAGCAGGUAAUGCCGACCUUCACAUCCCUGUCAUCUUUACUGGUGGCAAACACGGCCUCACCUGGUGGAGCUGUGCUCUAUGCAGCUUCUGUUGCAAGACACAGGGGUUGA